AUGGCUAAAGCAUCCAAACUACAGUCUCCUCCAGGACCCAAACCUUGGCCACUUAUUGGAAAUCUACACAUACUCAACCUGAGGAGACCAUAUCAAACCAUGUUAGAGCUCUCCAAGAAAUAUGGCCCCAUUUACAGCAUUCAUAUGGGGCCAAGGAAGGUGGUGGUGCUUUCUGGCUAUGAGACGGUGAAAGAUGCCCUUAUUAAUUAUGGCAAUCAGUUUGGAGAGCGUUCUCGAGUGCCUAUAUUUGAAAGACUUUCUAAUGGAAAAGGAAUUGUCUUUGCUCAUGGUGAAACGUGGAAAAUAAUGAGAAGAUUCAGCUUGACCACCUUAAGGAACUUUGGCAUGGGCAAACAGAUUAUAGAAGACACAAUUAUAGAGGAAUGCCAUCAUCUCAUACAGAAUUUUGAAUCUUACAAAGGAAAACCCUUUGAGAUCAAGAAAGUGCUGAAUGCUUCUGUUGCUAACGUCAUUGUGUCCGUGUUGUUCGGGAAACGGUUUGACUACCAAGACCCCCAGUUCUUGAGACUCUUAACCUUAAUUGGUGAAAAUGUGAAACUCGUUGGAAGCCCAAGAAUUGUGCUUUUUAAUAUGUUUCCUGUUUUGGGAUUUCUCCUAAGAAGCCACAAGAAGGUCCUAAGGAACAGAGAUGAAUUAUUUUCCUUCAUAAGGAUGACCUUACUAGAACACCGACAUAAUCUUGACAAAAAUGAUCCCAGAAGUCUCAUUGAUGCCUUUCUGCUCAGACAGCAGGAGGAAAAUCAUAUAUCUGCUGACUAUUUCAAUGAAGAAAAUUUGUUAGCCCUUGUUAGUAAUCUGUUUGCAGCAGGAACAGAGACCACAGCCUCCACACUGCGCUGGGGAAUCAUACUCAUGAUGCGAUACCCUGAGGUCCAGGAGAAGGUCCAUGAUGAGAUCGUCAAAGUUGUGGGCUCGGCUCAGCCUCGGAUUGAGCACCGAACUCAAAUGCCCUACACAGAUGCUGUAGUUCAUGAAAUACAGAGGGUUGCUGACAUACUGCCCAUCAGCUUGCCCCAUGAGACAACCACAGAUGUUAUAUUUAAGAACUACUAUAUUGCAAAGGGCACAGAGGUCAUCACCUUGUUGACGUCGGUACUUCGGGAUCCAACACAGUGGGAAACACCAGACACUUUUAACCCUGCUCAUUUCCUCAGCUCCAAGGGCAGCUUUGUCAAGAAAGAAGCUUUCAUGCCCUUUUCAGUGGGUCGCCGGAUGUGUGCUGGUGAAUCACUGGCAAAAAUGGAACUUUUCCUCUUCUUCGCCAGUCUCAUGCAGAAGUUUACCUUCCUACCACCCCCUGGAGUCUCCCAUCUGGACCUGGAUCUAACGCCAGACACUGGCUUUACCAUGCAACCAAUGCCUCAUAAGAUAUGUGCUCUGCUCCGAGCCUCGGCUCUGUGAGUUUACCACAGCCCCCGUUCUUGGUGAGCUCUGUGGUCCUUGGCACAAAAAGCUUUCCUUGCCUUCAUUCCUACCGCUAUGGUAUUUGACUAAAUCCUUCAUGAUGAUUUUUACAGUUAGUCACCUUCUCUGGUAACUGCUAUAGAAGAAAGCUCCCUAUCAAAAAA